UAGAGAAAGCGUUGCUGCGGGAGGUUUGUUUGCUUACAGACAGGGGAUGCUGGACUUUUGCUGUUUACAUGUGGGCACUUUUACGAAAGGUUGAUCCCUUGUGGAGGGUUAAGCCUUUUCAUCGUUUGUACUUUCUCUUCCUGCCUACUUCUCGUAUUCUCUUUCUCAUUGCUAGUCUGGCGCCAUUUUUUUGGUACAGUAGCUACUCCUCACAACACUCAAACUGUAGAGGUCAAACACACAUUUGGGCAGAGAUACAUGGGAACAGAGUCGCCUGUACCACGUAUUGAGUUCAGUAAACACAUAGAGAGGUAUAUUGCCCUUUGCAUUUUUGACUGGUUUCAGAGCUUCAAAGAGUUAUCUUCUUUAUUCUAUUACCAUUUCCUCAAUUAGAUUAGCACAUCCCAUAUCAUACAAAUAAUGUCCAACCGACAUCCAUCCACGCCACCUCCAAUGGAGAGUGAAUCAAAUCCAUUCUUUACUACGCCGCAAGUUAAGUCAACUUCGAAGAAUACAUCCACUUUCGAACCGACUCCAAAGUCAAGCCAUACUCGCAAGAACAGUCUUACGAAUUAUGGCAGCUAUAAGAAUAAAAGCAAAAGCAGUAAUCCCAUAUUAUUCACACCCCAAACCCCAUACCUUAACAACAAUGAUGAUGAUUACCCUUCGAGUUUACUACCAUUAUCACCUCAAACAACAACCAAAAAGAAUCAUCCUGUGAUUGAUAUUUUCAGCAAGCAGCAUCAUCAAUCCAAUUUUUUGAAUAAUCAACGGAAUCUCACUAUCAACCCGUUGAGGACACCAGAGGCGACUCCAAGACAUCUCAGCAGAAAGAGAGAUGUAACAGCAUUUAUGGACAAAGACACAUCUAAACUAGGACAUCCUCUUUUCCAAACAGCACCUUUAACAUUAGGAAGUGGCAGAAGACUGAGUGAAAGUAUGAGGAGAAAUGAUCGUGCAGCGAUCGAGCCUGAACAAGUUCAAUCUAACAAGAAAGGUCUUUUAGAGUUCGGAUCGUCAAUAAAAGUUCAGAUUGAGCAAGAUGAAGAGGAGGAGGACGACGAAAAAGUCAGAGAGGAAGAAAUGGAAGAUGACUUACAAGAGAAACGAUCGGUGCAAAUAAGAGACAAACUUCUGAAUACUGAAUAUGAAGACGAUAGAGAAAAGAUGUUGAUGAAUUAUACUUCGAGUGAAAGCGAAAGUGAUGAGGACAACAAGGAAAAAACUGAUUUACUAAGGAGAAGAUUGAAUAUUGCUGGAGCAGGGAUGAGUGAGGAGAGUUUGAGCAAUGCCAAAGGACCCAUAACACCUCCAAUGCAAAUUAUGGACGAGAGCUUCAUUCUAGAGAAGUUCGGGAACGAGAAGUGUAAAUUUGAGGAUAUAGAGGAUCCUGAAGACGUUCAAAAAGAUCUCAAGAACCGAGUAAAAUAUUCUAGCCCUUUUUUAGUGAGUGCCGGUAAGAUUGAGAAAGCUCAAAAGAAAAAGAGUAUCUUCAAUCCGAGGUUUGAGAAUGAGAUCGAGAUGGUGUAUCACGCAACGGGGGAGAAGUUUUACGUGGGACUGUCCGAGGAAGGGAAAAAGAUCAAGCCGAAAAAAUUAAACUUUGAGGAGUUUAGAGGGCUGGGCAUUGGGAGUUCGGAAGAUUUGCUCCGGACGCCGCCAAUGAGCAGUAGCCACAAGAUGUCGAUCAAGGGUCUUCUGAACCACGAUGAGGAUGAAUGUAUCCCGAGCGAGGACGAAGAUAAUAGGGCUGCGGAGGAGGAAGGCGUUAGACACGAGAAGAUCGAAAACCCAUUCAGGACAAAAUUUGCGACUGAGAAGGACAAUCAUCGGACGAGAUAUACAGUUGACCAGCGGUCUGACGGCACAGGCAAUAAAGAAAUGCACAACAUUGAAUAUGUGAAUCAAACUACGGGAAGACACAUCGUGGAGGAGAUGGACGAUGAGCAGCUUCGUAUUAAGCCGAAAAGAUUAGACUUCAGCGGCUGCUGAAUGCGCGGGAAAAAAGAAAAAGGACAAAACAAGGCAAGGACAAAAUGUGUAACUCCAUUUGGGUCCAUAAAUCGCGUUUCAGCAGCCAAAUGUGUUUCAAAGUCAGUGGCUGGCUGGUUGGCUGGCGUGGCGAAACGGCUGGAUCAGCGGCAGCGGUUACGUAGGUGAUGUAUCAUAGAUGAAGAGGUGUGUGUGCGUGUGUACUAAGUAUAUGAAAAGUUGUAUAGUAAUUAAAGGUAAUAGACUGAUCACUAUGACGAAGAGCAUGGCGGAGUAAGGCUGAACGAUGCCACAAAAGUAAAUCUGAGUAAAGCAAGCAGAGCAAGCACAAUACAGCAGAUCAGAACAAAACAGAUUU